AUGGCCCUCGAUCGACUGAAGCAAGCAGCGUCACACAUAACGGGAAUUGGAGAACCUCCACACCCGUUCGAUCCCUUGAGUGAAUCCGAGAUUGAGCGCGCAGUCGCUAUCAUCAGAAAAGAGCACAGCGAUGUGUUCUUCAACGCCAUCACGUUGUUGGAACCGCGUAAGACGGAGAUGAUGAAAUGGCUAAAAGACCCCGAGCACACACCACGACCACAUCGAGUUGCCGAUGUAGUCUGCAUUGGCCGCGGAAGCAAGGUGUACGAUGGACAUGCAGAUUUGACUGAAGGCAAGAUUGUCACAUGGGCAUUGACUGAUGACGUGCAACCACUUAUUACUAUGGAGGAUUUGCAAAUAGUAGAGACGAUUGUGCGGAAAGAUCCGAAGGUUAUCGAACAAUGUGGCAUAAUCGGUAUCCCACCGGCGGACAUGCACAAGGUCUACUGCGACCCGUGGACUAUUGGCUACGAUGAACGCUUCGGCACCAAAGUCCGUCUUCAGCAAGCCCUCAUGUACUACCGUCCACACGUUGAUGACUGCCAAUACACGUACCCGUUGGAUUUCUGCCCUAUCUAUAACUCCGAUACCCAAGAGAUCAUUCACAUUGAUGUUCCACCAGUCCGAAGACCUCUCAACCAGGCUCCACCGAACAACUAUCAUGCAGCUGCUAUCGAAGCCGAAGGUGGGUUCAAGACCGAUUUGAAACCCAUCAACAUCACACAGCCGGAAGGCGUCUCAUUCAAACUUGAUGGGCGAUAUAUCAGUUGGGCGAACUGGAAGCUGCAUAUUGGCUUCAACUACCGCGAAGGCCUAGUCCUGUCCAACAUCACGUUCAACGAUAAAGGCACUGUUCGCGAUACCUUCUGGCGCCUCUCACUUGCGGAGAUGGUGGUGCCGUACGGUAAUCCAGACCAUCCACACCAGCGCAAACACGCCUUUGACCUUGGAGAAUAUGGUGGCGGAUACAUGACCAACUCGUUAAGCCUGGGCUGUGAUUGCAAGGGCGCAAUCCACUACAUGGACGCAGCAUUUGUCAAUCGCGCCGGCCAGGCAACGACCAUUAAGAACGCUAUUUGCAUUCACGAAGAAGAUGCCGGUAUUCUGUUCAAGCACACAGAUUUCCGCGAUGAUAGCGUUACUGUUACUCGUGCUCGCAAACUCAUCAUCUCACAGAUCUUCACUGCUGCGAACUACGAGUACUGCGUAUACUGGAUCUUCCAUCUAGAUGGAACCAUUCAACUGGAGAUUAAGCUUACCGGAAUUCUGAAUACAUAUGCGAUGCUACCGGGCGAAGAUUUGAAAGGCUGGGGAACGGAGGUCUACCCUGGCGUGAAUGCGCAUAACCACCAGCACUUGUUCUGCAUGCGUAUAGAUCCAAACGUGGACGGCCCAGAGAACACUGUGUUUAUGGUGGACGCAGUACGUGGCGAAGGCGAAGUCGGCAGUGCGGAGAACAAGUACGGCAACGCCUUCUACGCGAAGAAGACAAAGCUCAGCACCCCUGAGCAAGCGGCGACUGACUACAAUGGCGCCACGAGCAGAACAUGGGAAAUGACCAACACCAAUAAGCUCAACCCGUAUAGUAAGAAGCCGGCUUCUUAUAAGCUGGUGAGCAGGGAAGUGCCUGAUCUGCUACCCAAGCCCGGAAGUUUGGUGUGGAAGAGAGCGGGUUUUGCGAGACAUGCAGUGCAUGUCACCAAAUACGAUGACACGCAACUCCACCCAGCAGGCCGUCACGUCCCGCAGACCUCUGGCGAACCGUCUCAAGGCAUCCCCGCCUGGAUCGAGGCUAACCCCCACGAGAACCUUGACAAUACUGAUGUCGUCUUGUGGCACACAUUCGGAAUUACACAUUUCCCAUCGCCAGAAGACUUCCCCAUCAUGCCUGCUGAGCCGAUGACGCUGUUGCUGAGACCUCGCAAUUUCUUCACACGCAACCCUUGUAUGGAUGUUCCCCCUAGCUAUUGCAGCGUUCCGAGCGGCGUCAAGCAGGGCAGCACAUUGGUAGAUAAACUUUCUCGCCUGGCGUUUGGAGAGGAGAAGAAGCCUGAAAGCACUGCUGCUUCGACCUGUUGCUCGGAUCAGAAGUUUGGAGCAGGUGUGUAG